CUCCUCGGUGACCAGCGAAGGCUGUAGGAGCCAACGUGCCGCCGCACGCCACCAAGGGUGCUACCACUUGAAUUUAUUCUGACAAAAAAGAAAAAGGAAAAUGCAUCCUCCUUUAACAUUGCACAAGCACCCGAUGUGCGCCGAAGCUUGAGCUGCUAGGCAAAGUAGGGUAUAGUCAUGGGAACUGAAGAGACAAAGGACCCCUUCAAAGGGGUUGACUGGAAAGCUGUGGGUAGUGACUUGCAGAAGGAUCCCAGUGCCAAACCGGUUAUAAAGAAGAGGCUACCAAAAAAGAUAAGACAGAUUCCAGAAUUCUAUUUCCUCCCUCGAAGAUCCCUACCAUUUAACAUUGCCUUCUAUGGGGCAUUUAUUGCGGGUGGAGUUGGUGCGGGGAUGUUGCUGGAGGUCUGGAUAAACAAGAAAGUCAAAGAGGAUGGAGGCAUCAUAUGGGAGUUCGACAAGUAGAGCCGGAAUAGCAUCACAAGAGUCCCUCUGGACCAUCAUGUCUUUCAUUUUAUCCCCCAUCUUUUGAGGGCUACUUGAUGACACCAAGGCUGGAAAGAGAGCUGAAAAUAGUUGUAGUGCUAAAAGAGGGGUUCUAAAAGAGGGGGUCUUAGCAUUUAAUUUGCACACAUUUUGCAUUCGUUCUAAGCUUAUCUUCUUUUUAAGCAGCUUUUUAAGUUCAAUAUUUGGAAAUUUUUGACAUAGAUAUACAGUUUGCCUUGAUUGUUCUGAGGACUUGAUUUCGUUGUGCAUCAGUGAGAAUAAUUUAUCUGUCA